UUACCAUGACCCCUGACCCCCAAACAAGUAGCAGGUUUAGAAACAAGGUUUUGCUUUGUUUCCAGUGUUUUGAGAAUGGUUUGGGGUCACGGUCACAUUCUUGAUACAGUCUGACACCUAUUCAACCGUCGUUAAGCCGUGAAAGCGUUUAUUUAACGUGUACCGUGGCUGGGAGAGGUGGGAAGGGGCGCCCGCUGACGGACAGGCGGGUGACAUGGCGCUCCGGUCCGGGAUGAGGUUGUGGCUGUCUCGGAACGUUGUUCUGGGUUCCCUGGCGGUGUCCCUCGCACUGAACGCCUGGAUUCUGUCCAGUACUUUACUCACACAGCAAGUGGACCCGACGUGUGAGGUACAGAAGGAAACCCUGAUCCAGUCCAUGAAGAUAUUAAACAACAGACUCCUGCGACAGGAAGUCCCAGACAAACUUGUGGUGCCGCCAACCAAGGAGAGGUCCAGUAGAGGCAGCAGUGAGGGCUGUAGCAGACCAGCUGUUGUUGAUAUAGAAGCAGCCAGAGUUUGGGGGAAACCACGCAUGACCAAAGGAUUUCUCUCAAUCGGCAUUCCGACAGUAAAGAGAGAGAAUAACACAAACUAUCUGGACGUCACCCUGAACUCAUUAAUAGAGCACACCCCAGAGAGUGAUCGAGGACAAGUCACUAUCGUUAUCUUCCUGGCAGACUUGGACAGAGACUACAACAGGAGACUUUCACUGGAAAUUCAGCAGAACUAUUCCAGGUAUCUAAGCAAUGGCUUUAUACAAGUUGUUCAGGCGCACAAGUCUUUCUACCCACAACUGGAGGGAUUGAAACAAAACUUUAACGACACACAAGAGAGGGUAAAAUGGAGGUCAAAGCAGUGCGUCGAUUUCGCCUUCCUGUUUAGCUACUGUCGCGAUUUAUCAGAGUUCUAUCUUCAGCUAGAAGAUGACGUAAUAUCAGCGGAAAAAUACCUGAAGGCAAUCAGAGACUUUGUCAACUCACAGACAUCUGCUUGGACUAUGCUGGAGUUUUCGGAGCUUGGUUUCAUCGGGAAGUUGUUCAAGUCGUCCGAUUUACAACGACUUGCAGACUUUAUCAUGCUGUUCUACCAGGAAAUGCCAGUGGACUAUCUGAUACGCUACUUCAUACAGCUGCUGCCGCAUCAGAAGUCGUUCCUCCACCUGCCUUCGCUGUUCCAGCACAUCGGGAAACACUCGUCUCUGUCAGGGAAACAGCAGAACCUGGUCGACUCCUUCUUUGUGGAUAGUUUGAAGAGGAGGUAUAACGACUCUGACAACCCGUCGGCUGCGGUGAGCACGAAUAUUCCCGUUUUCAGACAGUUCAAGCCGCAGCUUGCGUACAGCGCCGAGCCCGGAUACCUCUGGGCCAAGAGUCCGCUGGCCGGACAGGCGUUCUUCGUUCUCUUCGAGGAUCCCGCCAGGCUCGCUAGGAUCGUCGUAGAGACCGGUUCUGUAGAACAUUCCACGGACGUUCUGGAGAACGGAACGCUGGAAGCGAGCCCGCGCCUCGUGUCUGUCAACGAGCUGGAUAACACGCCGUACUGCGCGGAGUACGUGAAACUUGGCGAGUUCGAGAACGGGAGGGUUGAGGUGAUGACAAGAAGCAGGGAGGGACUGGGGUCAUUUGAGGUGAAGUGUCUGAAGGUGACAGUAAACAGGGACCAGCAGGUGUGGAUGCUAGUGAAGGAGAUUGCCGUGUGGACAGUUAAAUGAGACCCCCCUACAGUCUAUAAUGAAAGGGUCCAAAAAUAGAGAGCUGCAGAUAUAGCAAUAUUUUGGUACAGCUCGCCUGGCUCAAAGAAAUCGUUAUUUUAUAUAAAAAUGCAAGAUUACAAAGUUUUUAGGCAAUCUUACAAGUGGCUGUAUAGGGUUGUUCACUAGAAUGGAAUGGUUUAACAGGGCUCAAAAUACUGGUUGCAUAUGCACCCAAAAUUGGUGCUGUGCUCUGUGUUCUGACUGGGGGUGUGCUGGUGCACCAAGAUAUUUAAUAUGUAGGUUUAUAUUUAAGAUACUAUGAUCAUAUGAUUGUACACUAGCUUACAGCGUAUUGAGAAAAGAUCUAAUGAUAUAUUACUAUUUUGAUGUUUGCAACUACAUGUAGAGAACACAAGUGUUUUGCAGGCGAAAGUUUUUUACGAGCCUAAAAUUUUUACAAAUAGGUGUCCCAGUGCACCAGGAAUGAAUUUCGAGCCCUGUUUUGGGUUCAAACCCUACCGUAUUCUGCAUUUGAAUCCUUAGCACACCUUCAUGUUGUGACCUUUGUAACUCCUAUAAUAGGCCACAGCAAGUCAUUUUUAUGGAUGACAUCAGCGUGCACAUUAAUUUUUGCCUGAUUUUGGAAAAAAC